GAAACCCUUUACAAUGACGUCUCGUCUGAUCCGGUUAAGCCACAUCACCCUCCAGGUAUCCAAUGCUCAGAGAGUUGUCCAGGAGUUGAUGACCAAGUAUCAAUUUCAGCCAUUUGCUGCUCGAGGGCUAGAUGGUAGAAGUCCAAGCCAAGUGGCCCUGAGAAAUGGAGGAGUGGUGUUCAUGGUUAAUGAAAACAACCAGAAGACUACCAAAGGAUCGUCCAUGCUGUAUGAUGCGGCUGUUCCAUUGCCAUCUCCAGAUACCGCUUGCAAUGUCAGCUUUGAUGUGGAGGACGUACCAGGCUUUUGCCAGCGGCUACUUAGCGAAAGAUGCCAGCUGCUAGUUCCUCCUACAGAAGUCCAUGAUGACUAUGGCUCGGUUACAUUUUGUGUAGUGAAAUCUGUGGUUGGAAAUGUGCGUCAUACAUUAAUUGACCGCACACGUUACGGAGACAACUUUCUUCCGGAGUUCCAGAACCUGAGAAGCGACAGUAAUCCUGUUGUUCCUGGUGACUUGACCUGCAUUGACCAUGUCACUUAUGCCUGUCCACGUGGGAGCUCACCACACAUAAUAAAGUGGUAUGAACGAUGUUUUGGUUUCAAACAUUUCCCUCUGAGCAAAGAAGAGGAUUGCGAUAGAGGUUUUGAAAUUAGUGGGCCCAACAUCGGUCUUCGUUUGACUGCAAUGGAUUCCCCAGAGCUUGGAAAAUGUGGUAAGUUGGUGUUGGCAGAAUCUUUGCCACAGGAAGGAACCAACCAGUUAGAUCUGUUCCUAAAUCAUCACAAAGAAGGAGGUAUUCAGCAUGUUGGCCUAUUUGCCACAGAUAUCUUCAAGACUGCUCGGUCCAUGGCUAAUCAGGGAGUAUGUUUUACUACCCAACCUCCAACAUAUUACUCUGACCCCUCAAAGCAGGACGAAAUCCGGGGUGUAGGGCUACAAGCAGAAACCCUCUCACAGUUUGGGAUUCUUUUGGAUUCAAAGUCCCAGAACAGCGACAUGCCAAACGGAUACCUUUUGCAGGUGUUUGCCGAGCCCCUUUGGAGCAAUGACUCAUUCUAUUUGGAACUCAUUGAGCGUAGGGGAGCAGGCGGCUUUGGGGAGGGAAAUGUCCGUGCUUUAUGGAGAGCCCUAAACGACUUUCUUGAAGGAUCCACCCAGAAAGAUGAUGAGAAAAUUAGAUCAACUGUUGCUUAGUCUACUUUAUUCUGCAAAAUUAUUUAUCUACAUACACACUGUACACAGUGCACUUUCUACAUCCUUCUUCUCCCAAAAAUGGAAGUUUUUCAUUAUAGCAGAAAAAAUGGGGGUGAUUUAUAAAAAUGACAUUUCAUGAUUGCUUCAGAUUAUUACCAUUCCUUCCAAAGACUUUGAACUUACUCUAGCUGCCAGGAGAACGUUGAAGGCAAACCGGCUUAAAUUAGAGAUCCUUGCUUUAUAUUGGAUGUGAAAAUCGAUGACAAAUCGACUUAUGGACCAACGGACCUCUUUGGUUAUAAGUACAUUGCCCGCAUGUUCUACAAUUUGAUCCAUGAGAGAUGCACUCAACAACACUCCUUAAUUAAUGUCUUGUUGCACUUCCCCUCUUCC